AUGAAGAAUAAUCAAUCAAAUCAAAAAGAAAAAGACCGCAGUGAAGCUGAUAAAUGCUUCAAGAGCCUGGAGAGAAAGGUCAAAAAGCUGGUGGAGUUUAUUCUAGAAAAGAAGAACCUCCACGCAGAACUGAAGACCAUGGCCAGAACGGCAGACUGUAUGAUAGAGGAGUACGCGAAGCUGCGCGUACUCUUCUGCCAGGGGGCCAAAAGAAGUACAGAAAACCUGACGGUAAGGGACGAUGAGAUCCAAACAUCGCCCAUCUUUAGAGAAAAAGCGAAAAAGCGUGGAAAUUUAGAGAGGCAACCGCCGACGAUCCCGCCAGCAACGAAGAAGGCCAAAAGCGACCAAGAAAAAACCCUGCUCACAAGGGAGAGCGAAGAAAGAAAGGAGAUUGCCGAGAAAAAAGCCUCCGAAUGGAAAGAGGUAAGAAGAAAGGGCAAAGCCAAGAAGAAAGAAAAGAAGAGAAAAGAGACCAAUAAAAAAUAA